AUGCAGCUGCUCACGCUUCUCUCGUCCAUCUCCCUUCUCGGGACCGCCUGGGCUGUUCCGGAGAACUCCCAGCCCUUGGAAGACAGGGCUGUGAGCACAGCGACGGUUGUUCUUGACACGGCCACGGUUAUCGGCAACGUGAUGAACAAUGUCGAGUCCUUCGGCGGCAUUCCUUUCGCCAAGCCGCCUACCGGCCAGCUCCGCUUGAAGCCCCCCGUGCGCCUGACCGAGAACAUCGGCACCUUUGACGCCACCGGCCCCGCGGCCGCUUGCCCGCAGAUGUUCGCCUCUUCCGAUGCCACGAACAGUCUCAUCGGAAUUCUGGGAAAUAUUGCGAACCUUCCUUUCGUCCAGACGGUGUCAGGCCAGACUGAGGACUGUCUCACGAUUACGGUGGCUCGUCCGCAGGGUACCAAGGCAGAUGCGAAGCUGCCUGUUCUCUACUGGAUCUUUGGAGGUGGAUUUGAGCUCGGAUGGUCCUCCAUGUACGAUGGCACCAGCCUUGUUCAGCACGGCGUCGCUAUUGGCAAGCCAUUCGUCUUUGUUGCAGUGAACUACCGUGUCGCCGGCUUCGGCUUUAUGCCCGGCAAGGAAAUCCUCGCAGACGGCUCCGGCAAUUUGGGCCUUCUCGACCAGCGCAUGGGCCUCGAGUGGGUUGCCGACAAUAUCGCCGCCUUUGGCGGUGACCCGACCAAGGUUACCAUUUGGGGCGAGUCUGCAGGUUCCAUCUCGGUCUUGGAUCAGAUGGCUCUGUACAACGGCAAUAACACGUACAAGGGACAGGCUCUCUUCCGUGGCGCCAUCAUGAACUCUGGUAGCAUUAUCCCUUCAGACCCUGUCGACUGCCCCAAGGGCCAGGCCGUAUACGACAAGGUUGUGGCGACUGCAGGAUGCAGCGGCCAGGCAGACACGCUCAACUGCUUGCGCGGCGUCGACUACAACACGUUUCUCAACGCCGUGACAUCCGUACCUGGCAUCCUCUCAUACAACUCUCUCGCUCUGUCAUACUUGCCCCGCCCGGACGGCAAGACUCUCACGGCGAGUCCUGAUGUUCUGAUCCAGAACGGCCAGUACGCGGCAGUCCCGAUGAUCAUCGGCGAUCAGGAAGACGAAGGCACGCUCUUUGGCCUGUUCCAACCCAACCUGACCUCCUCCGAUAAGCUUGUGACGUACCUUAGCGACUACUACUUUAACUCAGCCACCGAGGCCCAGCUCAGCGAGUACGUUGCAACCUACGACGAAGGCCUGAACGCCCUCAUCAGCGGCAGUCCGUUCCGCACUGGUAUCCUCAACGAGGUCUUCCCCGGCUUCAAGAAACGAUCUGCCAUUCUCGGCGACCUGGUCUUCACACUGACUCGUCGCGUCUUUCUCAACAUGGCCAACGCUGUGCACCCCGAGGUGCCUUCGUGGUCUUACCUCGCCUCUUACGACUACGGGACCCCGAUCCUCGGCACUUUCCACGCAUCUGAUAUACUUCAGGUGUUUAACGGAAUCGAAGAUAACUAUGCCGCCCGAAGCAUCCGGACCUACUACACCAACUUUCUGUAUGACUUGGACCCCAAUGUUGGUAACAACGGGAACUACCCCAACUGGCCGAUGUGGUCUCAAGGUCAGAACUUGGUUCAGUUCUUCGCGGACAAGGCCGGUAGCCUGAAGGACGACUUUAGGAAGACCAGCUCGGACUGGAUCUCUAACAAUGUUGCAUCCUUGUAUAUCUAG